CAAAGCCCUUAUUAUUAUUUAACGCCACUUAUUAGCAUAGCUUUAGCAUGUGUAUAUGAUAAUACCAUAAUCUUUUCCUGAUCCCCUAUCUUAUCAGAAAAUAAUAUAAAAUACUCAAAUCUUAGCCGUUAAAACAUCCUCACACGCAGGAACUUUAUCCUCCGCCAUUCAAUCUUCCUAUUCGCCGUAGCCCUAGAAAUUGAUCGGAAAACAGAGAAGAAAUAGUUAGAGGAACCGAUGAAUUUCAAGCCGCCGGAGGCUUGGUCGGCCUCCCCGACGGUGAAGUCGUCGGGAUCCAGCAGCUCCAUCGUGACGGCGGAGAAGGCUUUAUCCUUCAUAUCCAAGGGGUGGCGCGAGGUGCGCUCCUCCGCGGACGCCGAUCUCCAGCUGCUCAAGAACCGGGCCAACUCCUUUAAGAACCUAGCCGACAGGGAGCUCGAGAAUUUCCUCAACUCCGCCUCCAAAUCGACCUUCAGCGUGCCCUCGAUUACCGCCUCCGCCACUCUCAACCCGGCGCCUCAUGCCGAAAUCGACUUCGUGAAGAAGCUUCAGCCAAAACUGUCCGAAAUCAGAAGGGUGUACUCGUCGCCGGAUUUCAAGUUCUACCAGCGGCCGCAGAUUAAGAUCGAUUUAUCAGCGAUUAAGAACGCGAUUGUUGCGGAGGUGGGGGAGGAUGAUGUGGAGGAUGAGAGAGAAAACUUCAGGAAGUGGAGAGCGAAGUUCAAGGAGAGGGAGAGGGAGGAGGGGCAAUUUGGGGAAUUCUGGGAACCGAUUAAGACGUUGAAGUCGAGGCUGAGGGAAUUAGAGCACAAGAGUUCCAGUGAGAUUUUUGAGGGGAUUAAGAAUAGUGAGUUUGUCGAGAAAUUCAAAUCAAGCCUGAAAACACUUUGCAAGGAUCCAAAUGAGUCAAAGGUUAGUUCACUUCUUAUUUCAAACUUCACACUUGAAGUUCUGCCCCUCGAUGUACCAGAACUGCUGGCAUCUUUAGUAAGACAGUCCAGCCCCUUGCUGGAUCAACUCGGCAUUAGCAGAGGAAUAUCGGACAAGAUAGUAGAAAGCUUGUGCAGUAAGCGCAAGAAUCAGCUUCUAUUGCGCUCUUUACCUGAGGGAGAGUCAUCUAUAAUUGAAAGUGAGAACAUCAAUGAUGAGCUGGAUUUAAGGAUAGCCAGUGUUCUCCAGAGUACGGGGCAUUGUUAUGAAGGUGGUUUUUGGAAUGACGUCGGGAAACAUGGCGUGGUGUCUGAGAGAAAGAGGCAUGUGGCUAUUGUCACCACUGCCAGCCUUCCUUGGAUGACUGGGACAGCUGUAAAUCCUUUGUUUAGAGCAGCAUAUUUGGCGAAUUCCGCUAAGCAGAAUGUGACUCUCUUGGUCCCAUGGCUUUGUAGAUCUGAUCAGGAGCUUGUGUAUCCCAACAACCUCACUUUUAGUUCGCCUGAGGAGCAGGAAAGUUAUAUACGCAGUUGGCUUGAGGAGAGGAUUGGAUUCAAGGCUGACUUCAAGAUAUCAUUCUACCCAGGAAAGUUCUCGAAAGCAAGGCGCAGUAUUAUACCUGCGGGGGAUACUUCUCAGUUUAUCUCCUCAAAGGAUGCUGACAUUGCAAUCCUAGAAGAACCAGAACAUUUGAACUGGUACCACCAUGGUAAACGUUGGACUGAUAAAUUCAACCAUGUAGUCGGUGUUGUUCAUACAAAUUACUUGGAAUACAUCAAGAGGGAGAAGAAUGGUGCCCUUCAAGCUUUUCUAGUCAAACACAUAAACAAUUGGGUGGUCAGAGCAUACUGUCACAAGGUCCUUCGGCUAUCUGCUGCAACUCAAGAUUUACCUAAAUCCGUGAUUUGCAAUGUUCAUGGGGUGAACCCCAAGUUCUUGAAAAUUGGUGAAAAAGUAGCUUCCGAAAAGGAGCGCGGGGAGAAAACAUUUUCAAAGGGGGCAUAUUUCUUAGGCAAAAUGGUGUGGGCAAAAGGGUAUAAAGAGUUGAUAGAUUUAUUAUCAAAGCACAAGAAAGACCUGGAUGGAUUCAACUUGGACGUGUAUGGCAAUGGAGAGGAUGCUCAGGAAGUUCAGAGCACUGCCAAAAGGCUUAAUUUGAAUCUGAACUUCAUGAAAGGCAGAGAUCAUGCAGAUGAUUCCUUACAGGGCUACAAAAUCUUCAUAAACCCAAGUGUGAGCGACGUCCUCUGCACGGCCACAGCUGAGGCACUCGCGAUGGGUAAAUUUGUCGUUUGUGCUGACCACCCUUCGAACGACUUCUUCAGGGCAUUCCCCAACUGCCUAACCUACAAGACGCCUGAGGACUUUGUCACCAAAGUGAGAGAAGCCAUGGCCAGCGAGCCCCAGCCUCUGACACCCGAGCAGAUGUACAGCCUCUCCUGGGAGGCAGCCACCCAGCGCUUCAUGGAAUAUUCCGAGCUCAGCAAGCUCUUGAAUAAUGAUUCGAACUCGAAUUCGAGCAGGACCAGAAAUAACAGUGGUUUGGUGAAAUCGAUCUCGUUGCCCAACCUGAGUGAAAUGGCUGAUGGGGGACUCGCUCUCGCGCAUUACUGCCUGACGGGAAAUGAAUUUCUUAGGUUGUGUACUGGGGCUAUACCCGGGACUAGGGACUAUGACAAGCAGCAUAGUGAUGAUCUGGGUCUCUUGCCGCCCCACGUGGAGAACCCGAUAUACGGCUGGUAGUUGUUAGGUGUGCGCUAGGUGGAAUUGUAAACUCCAUUGUUUCACGUCGUGUAAAGAUAGAUAUUAUGAUGUAUCUAUAGCUUAUGUGUUCGCUACCAUGGUGGUGUUUCUUUCGCCUUGAUGGUGUUUCUUUCACCUUUCCCGAUCACCUUUUGUUUUGCGUCUUGACGGGACCUGUCUGAGUGUAUAUUGUGUUAGGGCACUGUCCUUUGGUUUGUAUUCCUCAGCAAUUUUGUAUUCCUCAGCAAUUUAGGGUACUGUCCAAAUUUUAUUUCUAAUCAAGUUUGAACAAGUAAUCUAUCUUGAGAAUAAUGGAUAAACAAUUGAAA